AUGCACUGCUGUGUGAGAGUGUUUCUGUGCCUCUUAGAGACAGAUUAAAGACAGAGGAAAGACGCAGCGUGAGGAAGACAGAGGACAAGAAGGAGUACGACUUAGAGGGUAAAGUUUUCUGUGGACUCUCCACCUCCAAGAUGUCCAAGUUUGGGAAGUCAAAGGAUACCAGCACCAAGGCCUUGUCCAAGAUGAGCAGCACGAAGGCCAGACAAGUUGCCGCGCUGGUCGCCCAGAUGCAGGCGGAUUCUGACCAGGUGGCCACAGACAUCCUCCGGGCUGAAGGCAUGCUGGCAGUGGAUGAAGAAAAUGACAAAAAAGAGCGCGCCUUUCAGCAUCAGGAGGAGAUAAAACUUAUAUUGGGCGAUGCAGAGGGCCGGGUGAGGGACCUCUUCCUGAACCUUGGCACCCUCAAGACAUAUAAGGACCCACAGGCAUCAAAAAUAGAGGAUGACAUCUCUAACCUUCACUCCCGAUGGUCAGAGGACACAGCUGCUUAUGUAAGGCUAUAUGAGCAAAUUGAUGACGUGUCUCUGAUGCCCAGAAUCGACUGGGCUCCUGUUUUCACCCAGAAGCAAAAAGCGCUGAGCACAGAGGAGUACGGCCCCACCAUGGAGGACCUGAAGAAGCAGAUUGCUGCUCACAGCAUUUUGCAGAAAGAGCUGGAGGCUUACAGCUCGCAGCUCCGCCCUAGCUCUGCUGGCAGCAAGGAGCAAUAUACCAUAUACAAGAGGCAAUAUAACAACAUGCUGGAAAAAUCCAAAUUGCGCCACCAGUACCUGGUCAGCCUCUAUGAGUACAUGCAGGGCUGCAACAAGGAGCUGAAAUUCCUGGGAGAAGAGCAGGACAAGGUCAAGAAGCAGGACUGGAGCGAUCACAUGGAGGAUCCACCUGACAUUCGCCGGCAGUAUGAGCAUUUCAAGAACAACAGUCUUUUGUCCCACGAGAGCGACGUGAAUAAGCUGCAAGAUGACGGUGACACGCUCAUUGAAAUGCAACACCCCGCCAGCAGCACAAUUGAGGCCCAAAGAAAUGCUCUAAGAAGCGAGUGGCAGAAGUUCCUGAAUCUCUGCAUUUGUAAAGAAGCGCAUCUGGACAAUGUGGAGGAAUUCACAAAGUACCAAAUGGACACUGAGCAGCUGUCAGAGACACUGAGUCAGCUCAACAGCACCCUGGAUCCAAAGUCUGUCAGCAAGAAGGGUAAAUCCGACAUGCUGCUGGAGCUUCAGGGGGAGGAGAAUACAGUGAAGAACUCUGAGCAGCUACUGGCUGACCUAAGAAGACGGAGUACAAACAUCCCUCCUCUUAAACUACGUCGCGUUACCCCCAACAAACCCAUCACAGUGGAGUCCCUAUGUGACUGGGAAACAGACAAGGACUCACUGUCAAGAGGGGACAAAUUUACCCUGAAAUCUUUCUCUGACAAUGAGAACUGGAAUGUUAUUUCAUCUAGUGGAGCAACUAAAACCUUCCCAGGAGUUUGCUUCCAGAUUCCUCCUCCUGACCCAGAUGCCAUUGAUAAAGUUAACCUUUUGGGUAAUGAGCUGGCAGACAUCAAGAAAAGGAGAGCAGCUCUGGAGGCGUCCCUGAAGAAUCACAAGUCAGACGUCUCUAAAGUUCAACAGUCAGCUCCGGUUUCCUCGGCUCCACUGGACCCCAAAGCAGCCGCCCUGGCUCAGCAGCUGGAGCAGCUGGAUGCCGAGCUGGCCAACACGGAGGAGAGCAUGCUGAGCAGCAUGCGAACCCCGGUGAGCCGCAGCGAUCCGAGCAGAGAUCUGGCCAGGAAGCUGAAGGAGCAGGAGCAAACUGCCAAGACGCUGCAGGCUCUGGAAGAGCAGAGAGCGCAGGCCGGCCAGCAACUCUCCUCAGGACUGCCGCUCAAGUAUGACAAUUUAGCUGCCCUGACGGACCUCUACAGGAAAAAGACAAAUGCAUCUCUCAACCUGGAGAAUCAAAUAAACAAGGUGGAUGGUCUUGUCUCCGGAUUUGAAAGAAACCUUAGCGUAGAUGGUCCAAUUCCUGACAUACCAAAUGCGAUUCAAACCCGAGCUCAGGACAUUCAGCGCCAGCGGCAGUCUGUGGCAGCAGCCCAAGACGACAUGAAGAAACUGAAUCAGGAUCUGGAGAUCACUGAGAAGUUGUGCAGCUCCCUGCAGCAAGACUACCAGGAGUACUGCCCUGACAUCCAACGCCAGAGGAACGAAGUCAAACAGCUGCAGAGUCGCUACGCGAAUGUUGCCAACCAGCUGAAGGAAAGGGAGAACGUGUUACAAGAAGCUUCAGCUACGCACAAGGACUUUCAGAACACAUGCCAAUCCCUCAAUUCCUUCCUGGACAAUCUGCCAACAAAUCAAAUAAACUCCAAAGAUGAUUUGUCUCAGAUCACUGCCAAGCAGAGCUCCCAAAAGAGAGUGGUGGAUGAUCUAAAGCGGAAGGACGAGGACAUGGACAGAGUGGCUGACCUCUCCCAUGACCUGCAGAAUCUGCUCAAUGAGUAUGAAGCUGAUGUUGACAGAUACAAUGGUACACUUGAAGAAGCUGGAACACCUGUUCCAAAAAAGACAGAAAUGCUCACACUCUGUGAAGCUGUUGACAAAGAGGAAAAAAAUCUGGCAAAGCGUUAUGCAGAAGCAAAAUCAGAAAACAUUCAACGCCAAAAACAGAUGGACUUGGCUAAGAAUUUAAUUUUGCAAGGUGAAGACAAGGUUCAGAUGGUGGCACAGCAACAGGUGCAGCUUGAAAGCCAGCAAAAAAAUGUCUUUGAGUUAGACAGCCUGAUUAAGGAACUAGAGGAAGAGAAGGAGAGGACAGCCCAUGUUCAGACUGAGCUCAAAACCUUCAAAAGCAGAAUGAUGUCACUUAAGAGCCGCAGAGGAGUGGAACGCCUUGAAGAGAGAGAAGUACUGCAGUACUACCGGGAUCCUAAACUGGAAACUGAUCUGGCUGACUUGAAAGACAUACUCAGUCAAGAGACCCUGAAGCGCAGCACCACCCAGACACAGGUUGAGAACAUAAACAAGAAAAUUAUAGUUCUUGAGGACACCAUUAAAAGCGCACCUCCAAAACUGCUGACUAGAGAAGUGACUGAAUUUGAAAAAGAUCCACAACUGGAUGUAGAGGCGGCCAAGAUAAGAGAUGAGAUAGCAAGGAUGAGAGAUGAAAUCAGAGUAAAAGAUGGAGAGGAAAUUCAAAUGAAGACAGAAGUCACAAUUCUCCAGCAGAAGAAACCACCAGUCAAGCAGAAAGUGGUUAAGAAGGAAGUAGUUAAAGUAGAACAAGAUCCACAAAUGUUGAAAGCAUUAAGAACAUUUGAGACUGAGCUUUCUGAUGAGAGCAACAGGUGCAAGCUCCUCAAUGAUGAGAUAUUUCAGACAAGAAGCCAAAUUAAUGCACUUGAAAGAAUGAUCCCCAACAUUCAGCCUAAAAUCAUUACUAAAGAGGUGAAAAAGAUUGAACAAGACCCUGACCUUAUAACAGAAUCAACCAAGCUCAAAACAACCCUAGAGGAAGAGAAAACUGUAAACACAUCCUUGUCACGCGAACUGAUGGAGCUGCACAAUCGCUACAGAGAAGUUCAAAGCCUGAAGCCAAGAGUGGAGAUGAAAGAAAUUGUAAAUGAGAUCUAUCGGAUUGACCCAAAUACAGAGACAGAGAUUAUGCGUCUUCGCAAAGAAAUACAGGAUUCAAACAAACAACGUGCUGAUACUGAAAAGCAGAUCAGGCUAGUCAACACUGAUCUGAAUACCCUCCGUUCAGAGGAACCCAGGGUAGAACUCAAAGAAGUUCUCCAAGAAGUGGUGAAAGAAGAAAGAAGCCCUGAAAACGAGCGAGAGAUCCAAAGGCUAAAUGAUCAGGUGAACCGUCUAGACAGCCAGUGUACCUCCCUUGAAGACCAAGUCAGACACCUGCGAAAACAGAGAGAUGAAUGGAAGGCAGAAAAGUCAAGGAUAGAGACCCAACUGGUCAACAGAGAAGUAAUAAAGUAUGAGCCUGAUCCAUUGCUGGAGAAGGAAGCUGACCGUUUGCGAAAAAAUGUCCGGGAGGAAGCUCAGCUGAGGCGAAACACUGAGGAGAUGGUAUUUGACCUCCAAAACAAAUACCUCUUGUUGGAAAGACAGAAACCAGAAGAGAAGGUGGUGGUGCAGGAGGUUGUACGCCUUCAGAGGGACCCAAGGCAAGCACUGGAGCAUGACAGGCUUGGUAGACACCUAGAUGAAGAAGUGAUGGCUCGACGUCAGUUGGAUCUGGAGUUACAGCAACUAAGAACUAAGUUGGAAGACAAAGAACGCAUCAUAAGGGAGAGUGAUGAGCACCAAAAAAGGAUUCAAGCAGAAUCUGAACUUAGAGAGAUCAGACUACGCAUCACUCAACUGGAAAAUGCUCCACCUCCUGUUGAGGAGAGUAUAGUAGUUGAAGAAGUACUGAAGGUUGAAAGAGAUCCAAAACUGGAGAGGUUGACAAGUGGUGUACGGUCUGACAUGGACAAAGAAACCCAUGAUAUCCUGCGUCUCCAGAGGGAAAUCCGCAAUAUCACUGUCAAGCUUGAAAUUCUGCAGAAAGAAAAGUCAGGUGAAAGGACAGUAUACAAAGAGGUUGUUCGUGUGGAGAAAGACCAGGCUGUUGAAGCUGAGAGGGAUCGCCUGAGGGAGCAGGUGUCUCAGAACAAAUUUGCAAGACAAGACAUGGAGGAUGAAAUCAGACGCCUCAAUGACAAAAUCAAUAGUUUGAUGAACACCAAAUCUAACAACUCAAGAGAAGAGACAACUCUUAGUUUGAGAAAAGAGGCCCUGUUAAGGGAAAAGGAUGACCUCACCCGAGAACUCAGAACUCUUGAGACAAAGAAACACGACACCAGCCUUUCUUACCACCAACAGAGUCGACUGAUGAGUGAAAGAACACAGACGAGCAGGCAGAAAAGCCUUAAGAUGGAGUCCGAUGUCCAGCGAUUGGAGAGGCAGAUCUGGGAAGAGAAAGAUAAGAUUCAUCAACGAGACAGUGUAAUCCGUGAUAUCAUGGUGUACCUACAGCAAGAAGAACAAGCCGAGACAAGGACCAAAGAAACCAAUGUCUCUACAAAAAUCACAAUUUUGGAUCCAGAAACUGGCAAAGACAUGUCUCCCUAUGAUGCCUACCUUGGGGGCCUCAUUGACCGCCCACAGUACCUUCAUCUGCAGGAACUAGAAUGUGACUGGGAAGAGAUAACUUCCUCUGGCCCUGAUGGGGAAACAUCUGUUCUGCAGGAUCGUAAGAGUGGAAAGCAAUACCCUAUCAAAGAUGCUCUUAUUGAAGGAAGACUAACAGAGUAUGAUCUGCAACAGUACAAACAAGGCAAGCUUCCUAUCUCAGAGUUUGCCCUCCUUGUCGCAGGUGACAAAAACAAACAACCAAAACUCAACCCAUUCACCCAAAACCCGAAAUCUCCAUCCUUAGACCUUACCUCUGCUACCAAAACACAGCCAAUUGCUGGAAUAAUGGAUAAAAAUACAAACACGUGCUAUACAAUUCGCAAUGCCACCCUGCGCAAACUGAUUGACCCGACCACUGCCAAAAGGCUAUUGGAGGCUCAAGCAGCAACAGGUGGCAUCACUGACAUCAGCAACAAUCAGAGAUACAAAGUUAACAAGGCAACACAAAGAGGUCUCAUUGAUGACAGCCAAGUCCAGCAGCUGCUUAAUGCAGAGAAAGCUUUCACUGGAGUUGAAGACCCCGUGACCAAAGAGGUUUUGUCUGUGGGAGAAGCUGUUCAGAAGGACUGGAUACCAAAAGAUUCAGCAAUUCGAUACAUGGAGGCCCAGUACCUGACUGGGGGGCUAGUAGAUCCUAACAAUGGGACCAGAGUGAGCCUUUUAGAUGCCAUUGGAUCCAAAAUGAUUAACAAUGACAUCGCAAGGAAUCUCCAAACUGACACAGCCUAUGUCAAAGAUAUCACAGACCCUAUCACCCAGGAGAAGAUCAACUACAAACAAGCUCUGGAUCGCUGUAAGGAAGACCCAGAAACAGGCUUACCUAUGCUGCUUGCCUCCGUCAAAGAUUCCUCAAAAUAUGCACAUUUCUAGAAAUGUUUACUAUUUGAAGAUUUGUGUUCUGUGAAAUGUUGCAUAAAAGCUUCUAUGUUAAAAAAUAAAAGUGCAUGGGAAAGAUACAUUUUGAUGCAGGAUUAAUUUAAAAAUCCAUAUAUUUUGCCACAACAAAAUGAUUGCUGCUGAGUUGCAUUUGUUUACUAAAAGGUCUCUGCGGGUAUAUUUUUUUGUUUUAUUAUUUUUUUAUUCUAUUCUAUUAAAAAACAGAAACGUGGUCGUUCUUUGCUACUGUACUAGCUUGGGAUAUUGGGACAUGGUGCAAUGCUAUCAGCGGAGAUUGAAUGGAUUUCUAUGAUUCACUGACUCUGAUACUUUGUGAAGUAUUAAAUAUCAAUAAAAUUAAGUUAUGAUGGUUCAAAA